CUGGUUUUCCCGUCUUUUUCACCGUCGAUAUGAAACAGAUAUGGUGGUAACAAAUUAACCACACUAUUAAAUAAAUACAACAUGAAAUAUAAUAACAACGCACUGAAAAUCAUGUUGAACAGCUGUGCAAAAUUAUAAAAUGACAUAGCUUGGAUUUCAACCAUAGAAAUGUCAUAGACAUCGAGUCAAGAAAAUGUAGUGGUGCUAUAAACGCUAGUCGGGUCAUUUUAGAAGAAAUUUAGACAAAUUGGAGUUUCGAAAUUUUCUACAGUUCUAACAAAAUAACGAAUGAUUCGUCAUUCUAUUUUACAAAUAACAAAUAUAUGUUCGCUACUUUACGAAUACUGUUGAAAACGCUUAAAACCACAUACCAUAUCAUUUUUUCGAUUUGCGUGUAUUGUACUUUAUUUUUUUAUUAAACGUGAAUUACCACUGGCGUGACAUACGGUAUUAUAAUAAAGAACUAUUUGUUUGUAGAUAAAACUAUAAAAAAACUUAAGUAUGAAAAAAUCUCAUUUUUCAAUAGAUACUUAAUGAAAACCAUAACUAACGCAAAGUUCUGUUAGUAAAACUUUAGCAAAAAUAGAACCAUAAACUGCUUGACUACAGUGUUACUUAAAAUUACUCUUAAGACUUUAAGCGUGGCAAAAUCAAAUAUGGUAAAUAUGAGAUACAGUGGGGGAAUUUCUAUAUGAAGAAUGAACAAUGUUGAAUUUGGUAGAAAGUGUCUAGACGGGGAAAUAACACGCUAGCGUAAUUACAUAAUAAUUGUAUUGUGUGCGGGAAAAAGUUUGGUUGAAUUUUUUGUUACUUAUCCUGCUAUUCUUUAUCAUGUGGCUAGCUGUGAUACUUUUUUGCGCUAUUCUGGCUCUAUUUUUUUACUACGACACGAAAAAACCACCCAACUUCCCGCCAGGGCCGACUUGGUGGCCCAUUCUGGGUAGUUGCUUAGAAUUACAAAAAGUACGAAAACAAACUGGUACACUCCAGGAAGCUACAGCUAUGCUUUCAAAAAAAUAUGGUCCCGUCAUAGGUCUAAAAGUAGGAAAGGAUCUUUCGGUCGUGGUGUGCAGUCAUAAACACAUAAAGAAAUUUCUAACAGAGGACAAUUUCAACGGACGACCACAUGGUAUAUUUUAUCGGUACCGAACAUGGGGGUAUAGGAGAGGUUUACUAUUAACAGAUAGGGAAUUUUGGCACGAACAAAGAAAGUUUGUUCUAAGACACCUAAAGGAAUUUGGUUUUGGACAACGCAAUAUGUCCGCUCUAAUAGAAGAAGAAGUACUUACUAUAGUCGAUACGCUCGAAAAGAAAAUCAAAUCCCAAAAAAGCGGGGCGAUAGUAAGGAUGGACGAUUUUUUCGGGAUACAUGUCAUUAAUACCCUAUGGACUAUGAUGGCCGGUACGCGUUACAAUCCGAAUGACGUCAAGUUAAAAAGUCUGCAAAAACUAUUAACGAUAUUAUUUACAAAAAUCGACAUAAUAGGAGCCAUGUUCAGUCACUUUCCCUUCUUACGAUUUGUAGCCCCGGAAUAUUCGGGAUACAACAUUUACAUGGACACGCACAGAAGAAUUUGGGACUUUUUGGAUUCGGAGAUGGAAAAACAUAAACAAACCUUUUCUCCAGACAACCCCAGGGAUUUUAUGGAUAUUUAUUUGAAAGCGCUAAUGUCGCCUACAAAGAAAGAUAGUUUUUCUGAGAAACAGCUUAUGGCCAUUUGUCUCGAUCUGUUUAUAGCAGGUUCCGAAACGACUAACAAAACACUUGGAUUUGCAUUUAUCCACCUAGUUCUCAAUCCUCAAGUGCAGACGAAAUGCCAAGAAGAAAUCGACAGAGUUAUAGGAAGAGACAGGCUUCCAACUUUAAACGAUAGAUCACAACUUCAAUAUGUUGAGGCAACAGUUUUGGAAGCACUGCGUCAUUUUGGGGGUAGAGCUUUUGCGGUGCCCCACAGAGCACUAGAGGAUACCUAUCUCGACGGAUAUCUUAUACCAAAGGAUACGACGAUAUUGGCGAAUCUCCGAAUUUUGCUUAGUGAAGAAAGCGGUUUCGAAGAGCCCGAAGCAUUUAAACCCGAGAGGUUCAUUAAAGACGGUCGCAUCGAACUUCCGGACAAUUAUAUACCUUUCGGUUACGGAAAACACCGGUGUCUUGGCGAAACGUUAGCUAAAGCGAACAUAUUCCUGAUAAUAGCGGGACUGUUGCAACGAUUUAAUUUUAGCGUCGCCCCAGGACAUCCACCACCUUCAACCGAAAGUGUAGACGGUGUCACGCCCGGUCCUCAGCCUUUCAGUGUCCUAGUCACGGCGCGAUUAGACAACAACAAUAAUAAACUGCCAGCAGUAUGAUGUUAUACUGGGCUAAUUAAUAAAAUAUAUACGACACAUUUUUUUGUAUAAUAGUUAUAUCUGUAAACAAACUCUAUUAUAGUCUCUGGUCAUUCCAACUAAAAUUAUGAAGUUGUUAAUAAAUGUUUGUUUUUAUUAUAACCGUUUAUUUAUGACUUUCGUAAAAAAGCAUGUCCUUAUUGAGGAGAUGACAAAGGAAAAUUUGAGAAAUGACAAAAAAAAAGGAUCGACACAAUUAGGUCAUUUAAAACCCGUUUUUAUUACAAGAAUUCGUCGUAACAAAUGUAUUCCUUUAACUACAAAAAAAAG